GGUUGCUUUCCACCUCUCUUCUCACCUUCCAGACCCCAGCCAGGCGCCCAGCCUCCCCUCACCACGCUGCCCCUGCCCCCAGGGGGAGGAGAGCCCUGGGCGUGAUGCUCUGAAAUCCACCGGGCUGCUAGCGAUAAAGCUCGCUCUCUGGGAGAGUCCUGUUCCCGACUUCUCAGGCUUUUCACAGCACAAACAACUGCAUGCGGGCCCGAGGGGAGGUUGCGAAGGACUUGUGUGUGUUGGUUUUACCGUCUUUCAUCACUUUGUUGGCUUCAUCAUCCCGUGCCCGGAGCUCUGAGGUGGAUUUCUUUCUGCCUAAGACACCGAGGAAGGCUCCCUGCUCCUUCUGUUGACUCUUUCUAUUUUUAUGGUUUAAGUUUAUCUAUUCAUGGGGCUGAAAAGCGUUUGCAAAUCCAUCAACGCCGAAGUGUGGCAAGCCGCCCAGGGUCACGUCGUCGCCUGCCCGUGGUCAGGCAUUCCUCACUCCCACCAGGCAGAAGGUCAAUAAAAAUGGAGGCAAGCUCUUCUGGAAUCACAAAUGGGAAAACCAAAGUCUUCCACCCAGAAGGAGGUGUGGAUUUGCAAGGCUACCAGCUGGAUAUGCAAAUACUACCUGACGGCCCAAAGAGUGAUGUGGACUUUUCAGAGAUUCUUAAUGCAAUACAAGAAAUGGCCAAGGAUGUCAAUAUUCUUUUUGAUGAAUUAGAAGCUGUCAACAGCCCUUGCAAAGAUGACGAUUCUCUCCUUCACCCUGGAAACCUGACCAGUACUUCAGAUGAUGCUAGCAGAUUGGAAGCAGGGGGAGAGACAAUACCAGAAAAAAACAAAUCAAAUGGACUUUACUUCAGAGACGGAAAGUGUCGAAUUGACUACAUUCUUGUGUACAGAAAAUCCAACCCCCAGACAGAAAAGAGAGAGGUGUUUGAAAGAAACAUUAGAGCAGAAGGAUUACAAAUGGAGAAAGAGUCCUCUCUAAUAAAUAGUGACAUUAUCUUUGUGAAGUUGCAUGCCCCAUGGGAAGUGCUUGGAAGAUAUGCAGAACAAAUGAAUGUAAGAAUGCCUUUCAGGAGAAAAAUCUAUUACCUGCCCCGCCGGUACAAGUUCAUGAGCAGGAUCGAUAAACAAAUAAGCAGGUUUCGGAGAUGGUUACCUAAGAAGCCAAUGAGGCUGGACAAGGAGACACUGCCAGACCUGGAGGAGAAUGACUGCUACACUGCCCCUUUCAGCCAGCAAAGGAUCCAUCACUUCAUCAUACACAAUAAAGACACUUUCUUCAACAAUGCCACAAGAAGUAGAAUUGUACAUCAUAUUUUACAGAGAAUAAAGUAUGAAGAAGGAAAAAACAAAAUCGGUCUGAAUCGUCUGCUUACUAAUGGCUCCUAUGAAGCUGCAUUUCCACUGCAUGAGGGAAGUUACAGAAGUAAAAACUCCAUUAGAACCCAUGGAGCGGUCAACCACCGACAUCUGCUCUACGAGUGCUGGGCCUCCUGGGGUGUGUGGUAUAAAUACCAGCCUUUGGAUCUUGUCAGGCGGUACUUUGGAGAGAAGAUUGGGUUGUACUUUGCCUGGCUGGGCUGGUACACCGGCAUGCUCUUCCCAGCUGCCUUCAUUGGACUAUUUGUCUUUUUGUAUGGAGUCAUAACUCUGGAUCACUGCCAAGUCAGUAAAGAAGUCUGCCAAGCUACAGAUAUCAUCAUGUGUCCUGUGUGUGAUAAAUACUGUCCAUUCAUGAGGUUGUCAGACAGCUGUGUUUAUGCCAAGGUAACUCAUCUUUUUGACAAUGGAGCCACCGUCUUCUUUGCUGUUUUCAUGGCAGUCUGGGCGACAGUUUUCCUGGAGUUUUGGAAAAGACGGAGAGCAGUAAUUGCUUAUGACUGGGAUUUGAUAGACUGGGAAGAAGAGGAGGAGGAAAUACGGCCCCAGUUUGAAGCCAAGUAUUCCAAGAAAGAGCGGAUGAAUCCCAUUUCAGGAAAGCCAGAACCAUAUCAAGCAUUUGCAGAUAAAUGCAGCCGACUCAUUGUUUCUGCCUCUGGAAUAUUUUUUAUGAUCUGCGUGGUGAUCGCCGCCGUGUUUGGGAUCGUCAUUUACAGGGUGGUGACUGUCAGCACUUUUGCUGCCUUUAAGUGGGCGUUAAUCAGGAAUAACUCUCAGGUUGCAACCACAGGGACUGCCGUGUGCAUCAAUUUCUGUAUCAUCAUGCUGCUGAACGUGCUCUAUGAAAAAGUUGCACUUCUUCUGACGAAUUUAGAACAGCCUCGUACAGAGUCCGAGUGGGAGAACAGCUUCACCCUGAAAAUGUUUCUUUUUCAGUUUGUCAAUCUGAACAGCUCCACGUUUUACAUCGCGUUCUUCCUUGGAAGAUUCACAGGACACCCAGGUGCCUACUUGAGGCUGAUAAACAGGUGGAGACUAGAAGAGUGCCACCCUAGUGGAUGCCUUAUUGAUCUCUGUAUGCAAAUGGGUAUUAUAAUGGUGCUAAAGCAGACCUGGAAUAAUUUCAUGGAACUUGGCUACCCGUUAAUUCAGAAUUGGUGGACUAGAAGGAAAGUAAGACAAGAACAUGGGCCUGAAAGGAAAAUAAGUUUCCCACAAUGGGAAAAGGACUACACCCUCCAGCCAAUGAAUGCCUACGGACUCUUUGAUGAAUACUUAGAAAUGAUUCUUCAGUUUGGAUUCACAACUAUCUUUGUGGCAGCUUUCCCCCUAGCACCACUUCUGGCCUUACUAAAUAACAUAAUUGAAAUUCGACUUGACGCUUACAAAUUUGUCACACAGUGGAGGCGACCUUUAGCUUCAAGGGCCAAAGACAUAGGCAUUUGGUAUGGAAUUCUUGAAGGCAUUGGAAUUCUCUCUGUUAUUACAAAUGCAUUUGUCAUCGCGAUCACAUCUGACUUUAUCCCUCGCUUGGUGUAUGCUUACAAGUAUGGACCUUGUGCGGGCCAAGGAGAAGCUGGGCAAAAAUGCAUGGUUGGCUAUGUGAACGCCAGCUUGUCUGUGUUCCGGAUUUCUGACUUUGAGAACCGAUCUGAGCCUGAGUCUGAUGGCAGUGAGUUCUCGGGGACUCCACUCAAGUACUGUAGAUACCGAGACUACCGUGACCCUCCUCAUUCACUGGUGCCCUAUGGCUACACACUGCAGUUCUGGCACGUCCUAGCAGCCCGACUGGCUUUUAUCAUUGUUUUUGAGCACCUCGUGUUUUGUAUAAAGCACCUCAUUUCAUAUCUGAUCCCAGACCUCCCAAAAGAUCUAAGGGAUCGAAUGAGAAGAGAGAAGUACUUGAUUCAGGAGAUGAUGUAUGAAGCAGAACUGGAGCGUCUCCAGAAGGAACGGAAGGAGAGGAAGAAAAAUGGAAAAGCACACCACAAUGAGUGGCCGUGACCAGGUAAUGGUUUGUUUCCAAGCCAAGGACCUGAACUCUGUUUACUCCUCCCGGCUGUGCAAAAGCACAUUCCAGUGAAUGACUAAAAUGCAACCGCAGUGCAUGUCGCCGACGUUGGCAGCAGCGGGGGGGGGGAGGGGGGUCAGCACCCUUAAAGGACUGCCUGGGAAACCAUGCUGCUGUGAAACCACGUUGCAGCCCAGCACACAAAUGCUCUCUGUCCCUACACCAUUCUUGACCAAGCAAGCAUGCACAUCAUGGGCAGUUCCAUUCUCAAGUUUUUAAAACCAAGGGGAACUUGUAUAUGGGGCCUGUUUUUCAGCCUGUUUGCUACCUUUUUUGCAUUCUGUCCCAUGUGAAUUUUACAGACACUGGGCUAAAAAGGGUAUUCGGACACUCACUUGGACACACAUUCCUAGAAUGUCAUCAUGUGGUCCUUAUUCCACGUCACCAAACAAGACCCUGUUUACAACUUUUUCUUUGUUUUUUUUUUUUUAAUUUCAGAUCUUUCUGAGGAGAUUAUUAUAUAUGACAUAUCUAUAGCUAUGUGUAUGGCCAUAGAUGUAUUUCUGUGUGUACAUAUGUAUAGUCAUGUAUUCUUACAUAUGUACAGACAAAUACAGAGAUAUAUAAAGUACAUAGAACUUCCUUACUUGUAAAUAGCCAAGAGGUACUGACAUGAAUGAUGGAUUUUCACAUUUAAAUAGUCAUCAACAUGAAGCCAUGUUUAAUGCUUGUAUAAUGUGAUGCAAUAAAAUUUCAAAUAAAUUUAUGCACAUGGAA